ACGCGGCGCUGUGAGUCGGUGACAAGAUGUCGGCCAUGCGGAAGGUCGUCUCCGUCGGCCGCCGCGCGCUUGGCCAGGUCGCGCCGGUCCGUCCGCGGAGCCUCCGCCGCUGCUGCUCCUCCGAGGACAACAAGCCAAAGUCGGGCUUCGCGGCCGCCUUCACCUCCCAGUCGGAGCUCCGUCGCCGCGAGGCUUCCGCCGCCGGAGCCUCGUCGUCGGACCGGGAAGACGGCGCCACGUUCGCCGCUCUCUUCCGCCGCAGCCCGCUGGUCCAGAUGGGGCCGGGCAAAGACAAGACGGUGGUCGGGAGGAUCUUUCACGUCGUCGGCGACGACGCGUACGUCGACUUCGGCGCCAAGUUCCACGCCGUGUGUCGGCGGCCGGCGGCGGACGCCGACAAGCUACAGCGGGGCGCCAGGGUCCGCCUGAGGCUGCACGACGCCGAGCUCACCGGGCGCUUCCUGGGGGCCGAAACCGACGUCACCCUGCUGGAGGCCCACGCCACCCUGCUCGGUCCGCUGGACCACGGGCCGGGCCGCUCCUGAACGAGCGACGCCGCUCUUUGCUUUUUAUUAUGCUCACUUUUUUUUCUCCGACGGACUACUUUUGUUCGAAUAAAACUCUUGUGCAUCCUAA